AUGUCUCUCUCCUUGGAACAAAAGACCCGUCUCCUCGCCCGCCAGGUCCAGCGCUUCCACGAAUACAGUGCUGGAACCGGUCGACCCAACAGCAAGAUCAUCAAGGCUCCUGACGUCAAACUCGCUGCAGCUCUUGAGCCCGACUUCGGCUUCUACGCGUCAGGUGAUGCAAAGGCUACGCACGAGUCGUGGCCAUUUUACUGGCAGCUGCAUGGCAAGGGUCGUGUUCUGACGAGAGACUUGGAGUGGUUCAGACACAUGGGAUACAAAUUGCUCCAGAAUGGCAAGGUGGAGGCUUCAGACUUCCCCACGACGACUUAUGAGGAGCAGCCUAAGCAGAACUGGGAUGAGUUGUAUGGGCCCCCAGCUCCCGCCCUCACGGAGGCGCAGAGAGAGGCGAUGUGGGCUGAGACUGGCGCGGACGAUAAAUUGCACCGUCUUCACGAAAAGUCAAAGCCGCAACCCACCGCCUUCGAACGCAUAGCCCAGGACUCGGGAAAGUCCGCACGGGGGACUGCUCAGCCUGGAGAUGGCGAUCUCAUCACAUUGGCUACGGACUCUGUGCCCGUCAACAAAGCUCUUUGCGACUUUGAACCCCUGUGUCUUCAAUAA